AUGGCGAUGGUGGCGACAGUGGCGACGACAGCCACGCCCACAUCCACCGGACCCAAGACGCUGAACUCCACGGCGCUGAACUCCACGGCGCUCUACGCGCUUCCGAACUCGUCCAAGGCGACGUCGAAGCUCGACCUCUUCGCAAUGGUCCCAGAGCCCGAGGGCGGAGUUGGCCUCGCCUCUGAUGUGGUGGGAAGCUGCAUGUUGGCGGCAGCCAGCGUAUCCGUGAUGCUGCUCUACUGGUGCAAGCAUUUGCGGGGUACUGAAUGCUUUCCCACGGUGCCCUCCCUGUAG